AUGAAUAUGUCUGAACAUUCUGAUGAAUUCAAACAAUGCUCAAAGACAUUCAUUGAAAUUCGCAUUCCUUCGCCAAUUCUUGAACUGGGUAUACAUGUCUGCGAUACGCCAGGCUUUCUUGGAUCGGAUGUACCAAUUCUACGCGAGAAUUUACUUGCAUUAGUGGCCAGUGUUCAUCCAACCUUGGUUUUUCUCCAUGAUAAUCCAACCGGGUCUGAUGAUUCACGUAAAUGCUACGAAGAACUUAAACUUGCUCUUCAUAGUCACUCCAUGGGUGCUGAUAUUUUCUUUCUCAAUACAAAAGCCGAUGUGGCUGUCAUACGUAGAGACGCAAACAAUAAUGAUGAUGAUGAGAUACUGCUGAACAGAGAACGAUUGCGUUGUUACGACUUUCUUAUGAAAAUUGACGAAAUGAAAGGUGAUGUUCAUCAUCGAAUUGAGCACAAUGAAGCACCAUCGUUCAAUAAAUGUUAUUCAUUCGAUAUUUUCUCAAACGUAGCACCUAACGAUCCGAUGGAACAAGCAAUGAAACGUCAUGCAAUCGAUCGAAUCAUUCAUUUUGCUGCCGAACAUGAUUUGCGACUAACGAAAUACGUCAUCAAUAUUGUACACACUGCUAUUGAUGCAUUCUUCGAUUUUAUUCUAGUUACAAAUCGGCGUUCACUCGUCGAGUGGAACAGAUUACGUGAUGAUGCAAUAGAAUGGGGUGAGAGUUUCUUCAGGCAAUACAGAUCCAUCGUUGAUAAGAUUGCCAACGAAGCCAAUCGACGUUUACCACAACGUUUUCGUGAGAAGCGUCCUGAUAUUGAAACAAGAGCUAUCAAAGAUUGUGAAACAAGAGGAAUUCAAUGGGAUGAAAGACUUGAAAUACCGGCCAGUCAUCAUGGAUCUAGACCAGAUAUAAAUGAGGAAGAAGUCUUAGGUAGUGGUGGAUUUUUCACUGUUCAUCCAGCAUCAUGGGACAAUGAGCAUGAAUUAGUCGCCAAGAAACUACAAAAUCAUAUUAUUGGUCAAAACUUUGCCUAUUUAGAAGCUCAUUUUCAUCGAACAUUGACCAAUCUCAACAUUGCACACAUGAUACCUUUAAAAUAUCUAUAUGAAGACGACAAUUCUUCAUUGUAUUUACUCUUACCUCGUUAUCGGAGCAAUCUGCAUAAAUUUCUUGUCGAAAAUAUGGAACGAGUAACAGCAGAUAAAGCUAUAAAGAUUUCACGUAAUAUUGCCAAUGUUAUUGCACAUUUGCAUGCUUACGAUCUUGUUCAUCGCGGCAUCAAAGUUGAAAAUAUUCUUAUGGAUGAAGAUGAAGUCUAUUUAGCUGAUUUUGGUACAUGUCAAGUUGGAAUAGAGAACACAACGUUAGUUGGUUUCCUUCCACUACCACCAGAACUCAUUCAAACAUUAGAUUCUAGCUCAAAUGAUAGUGCUCGUCAAUACUCAUAUCAAGGUACAGCAGUAGACGUUCACUUACUUGGCCGUCUCAUGUAUGCUUGUGCACCAAAAGAUGUUUAUACUCCGCCGUCGAAUAAUAUCAAUGAACAGUUACAUCUACUUGAUAGAAAAAAAGUUCCUGAAAAAUACUGCCAAUUAAUUGCUCGAUGUGUUAAUAAAGAUCCUAAUCAACGGCCAACAGCCAAAGAAAUCGUAGAUGAACUCGAUUCAAUUGAAAAAUCAUCAUGUGUUAUAUGUGAAGAAGCACCACGCUUUGCACGCUUUGAACCAUGUGGUCAUAAGGCACUAUGUGUUCAAUGUCUUAAUCAAAUUCAACAAACUCCUCAGCCAAAAUGCGUUAUAUGCAGACAAAUAUUCAUUAAUGUACAAGAAGAUAACAAUGCGAACACUUUUUUCGCUAGUUCAUUGAAUUCUACUCGAUGA